UAAAACCGCACAAAAGACACCUAGAAGGCCAGUAAACUCUACCAACAUAAUAAACCAACACAAACGCAACAUUCAAACCAAAUCAUCCUUUAAAAAACAAACUGCAACCAUAAUCAACUCAAAGGAAAGACACACAACGCAUAUUUUCGAAAGACAAUUCAAAUUUAAGCGCCACAUCCCGCAGAUUAUGCAACACUAGGCAGGCGCGAGCCAGUCCAUCCCUGGUUUCCACCACAUUGCAACACUGUAGGACUGUCAGCUGUCAAUUUUCUGCUUGCGGUGUUUGUGUGUGUGCGUUCGUGCGUGUUUGUUGCAAAACGACGGCGUUGCAGCCCAAAAAUUCGCGUUUUGAUCCGAAAUUCAAUUGUAGUUAAUUAUUUAAAACAAUUGAGCCACGGCCGGCAGUGCCAGCUAGCGCAGGAGAGCUCAGCCGAACAGCGACGCGUCAGGGAAUCGUGCAAGAGGGCCAGCGCCAGGGCAAAAACGCCAUCGAAUCGCGUUGUGUGCGGCGUGCGGUGUGUGUUUUGUGUUUUAUUUUUGGAAUUAAAUACGGCAGCAGCCCCUGCCAGAGCAGAGCCAGAGCAGAGGAGAACAACGGAAAAAGUGUGCCGCGGCCGGAUUUCACAGCAAGGUAGCAAUAAUAGACGCGCGCGGUGCCUUGGAUUUCUACGGCUCCACCGUGGAGAACUUUUACCUGAGAAUGGACCCGACGCGAGGUGACUCGCGCUAUAACCUAAACUACUCGAUGAGUAGUAUAGGCCUUAGCCUCGCCGACCAGGCCGAUAUGUACGGCAAUCCGGCGGUGGCGGCCCUGGGCGCCCGUCCGCCCAGCGGAGGGCUCCUGCAGAGCAUGGGCGGCGGCGGAGGCGUGCCCAUGCAGCGGCCCAAUCCCACCGGCGGUGCAGCUCCCUCCCAGUGCCAGACCCUGGGCAACAGCCAGACGCAUCACAGUCCCCAGCAUGCCGCGCAGCAGCAACAGCAACAACAGCAGCAGCAGCAGCAACAACAGCAGCAGCAACAGCAACAGCACCGCGCCCUUAAGCGAUCCGGCAGCGACUGCUACGAGGAUCACCAUCGAUCAGCUGGUGGCGGCGGCCUGACGCUCCAGGGCCUGGACAACUGUGGCGCUGGCGGGAGUGUGGCCAGCGCCGGCGUCGACGACAAUGUGGACGGAUACAAUCCGCUGCCCAACAAGAAAUCACCGCCCGCCAACGGCAAGAAGACAAAGGGACGUGUCAAAAUCAAAAUGGAAUACAUUGACAACAAGCUGCGUCGCUACACGACCUUCUCCAAGCGCAAGACGGGCAUCAUGAAGAAGGCCUACGAGCUGUCGACGCUGACUGGGACACAGGUAAUGCUGCUGGUUGCCAGCGAGACGGGUCACGUCUACACAUUUGCCACGCGCAAGCUGCAGCCGAUGAUCACCUCGGAGGCGGGCAAACAGCUCAUACAGACCUGCCUCAACUCGCCGGAUCCGCCCAGCGUGGGCGGCGGGGACCAGCGCAUGUCGGCCACGGGCUUCGAGGAGACGGAGCUCAGCUACAACAUCGCGGACGAGGACUCCAAAGAUGAUCGAUCGCCAACAUCGUCGGGCAAUGAGUCGGACGACUCUUCGGACGUGGAAAUGCCCGCUGAAGUGGUGUCCGAGGUGGUGGCCACAAAAGUGCCAGCCAGUCAGGAUCCCAGCAAAACAGAGGCAACGGCAGCGGCGACUGCAACGACAUCUGCAACGGCAACUGCAGUAGCGGCAUCCAAGCCGAUGCCAGCACUGAGCUAUCAGACUGAGAAAGGACCCUCAACGUCCACGGCAACAACUGCCGGAGGAGGAUCGUCGGGGGAUGGCAAAUAUGUCUAUCCGGGAGCCUCCUUUGCCAACAUACCGCCGAAAAUGUUGAGGCAACUGAUACAAACGGGACACUUGCAGCUGCACGCUGAAGAGGAUGGCAAUCAAUAUGUGACUAUCCCGCUCAGCUCCACGGCAGCCAGUCUGAUCAAGGGCAACAAAUUGGCGGCCUCAUCGUCCAGCGGUGGUCCUGGAGGAGGAGGCGGAGGCGGAGGAGGAGUGGGUUCCACGGCUAUCAAGUCAGAGCAAACACCCGAGAAAGCAUCGUUGGUUAUCAAACAGGAGUAUGAUUAGCACCCCGCUACGACCACUGCUUGUCCAACACUGAGAACGGCGUUUAUCAGCACUGGCCCGCAACAAAAGAAGAAGCAGCAGCAAGGGAUCCCCAGUACCCGUCUUCGCAAAGUCUAUAUAAAGUUUUCACGAUCGCCUGCUAACUCUAAGUCAUACUACUACGAGUAUAUCCAUUAUUAUGUCGUACAUAAACUAUUUUUAUACCUAUAUAAAAAGAAGAGAAGGAGAAACCCAACCCUGCCAACGGCAUAUCUACAUAUAUGAAACUAUACGUAAGUUUACAAAAAAAAAAUGUUCUGCAAGCUAUGAAAGCAUCAUAUUGAGUUCGGGAUCAAGAUCGAUAAGGAGGGAAGAAAGAGAAGGAUAAUGAGGAUGAGGAUGUUCCUAAACCGCAGAGGUCAAGUUGCUUUGUUAAUAGUUUAUAUUGUUUUAUUAUAUUA